GACAUGGAGGGGAUGCAGACAAAUGAAAGACAGGCAGGCAUGAAUCACUCCUGGGGGAAGGACCGUCACUGUAUUCAAGGUGAGAGCUGGAGGCUGGGACACAGGUCAGAGUCUGUCUGUCUGUUAACAGGUCGUCGGAUUUAACGCCAGUGGACGGCUCACAGUCAGGGACAAUGCAAACCCUUUCUGUGUGUGUGGAUUCGUGUGCAUCCUCCCCCUUGGAAAUUGCUAAUGCUUUCCAUCUAUGUGGGUCCACCUGUGUGCACCUGUUUUGUGUUUUUCUUUUCAGCAGCAGCAGGAGCGGCAAUGUCCAGCUGUUUCCCACUGAUAACAAGCUGAUGUUGUCCAGCACUGUCUUCCGUCUCAAAGCCUGCCAGCCCACGGCUGAUACUUUCCCACUUUUCAUUAGAACAGACUUCGUGACCUGAAUUCACGUUUAAAAGCACAUUUCCUGGAGUAGUCUUGCGGUCCAAAUGAGGAUCCUAACACUUAAAAUACAUCUUAAUAAUGACCAGAAAGUGUGAGACGCGACAGUCGUGCGAAUUCGUGUUUUGAUAUUCUUCUCGGGAAUCGGCGCGUCCACUCCCACAGAGUCGCGCAUGUGCUUCGCAGGAAAAACGGGUGACAGAGGUUGAGCAGCUCUAAGAGUCAUCACGCAGCGCUCGUACAUCUGGCUUAAAAUGAUACAGAAAGUAUCGAGGGAGUGGCUGAUGGCAAAACUAUUAAUGUGACUCUUCUGGUUUGCGCAGAGGCGGACACGCUCGGGAUCGCACUCUCUUUAUUUUUUUUUUCCGACCUUUGACACAUGGCUGACAUUGAUGUAAGCGGCUGUGGUAGACUAAUCCUCCGGUCUGUGACUCAUUGGGGUGUACCGGGUCCGCGCUGCCCCCCGCCCCCAGCCCCCCCGCCGCCGCCGCCGCCACUUCAUUCUCGGAAUCGUCGCCUCGGCGCAUAGGCUAUAGAGAAGUUAUGCGUCUGGCGCGCAGCUGUCCUGGACCGCAUCCAAAAAUAAUUCUGGGCGACGGACCCUACCUCUGCUUCCGCGGGACAUAAAGCAUGCGAGACCUAAGUAACGGUGCCCACAAACUCAAACAGGAAACUCCUUCGACGCGUCCAGGCUGUUUCUCCUGCUGAGCGCACGGAGGUCCGGCGUGCCGUGAUCAUGACGGAUAAAGCUUUCUACAUCGGGAUGGAGGUGGUGAUCGCCGUGUCCUCGGUCAUCGGGAACGUGAUGGUGGUCUGGGCUGUGCGCAUCAACCGGGCUCUGAGAGACACCACGUUCUGUUUCAUCGUCUCCCUGGCCUUGGCUGACAUUGCAGUCGGGGCUCUUGUCAUCCCGCUCGCCAUAACCAUCAGCAUAGGACUACGGACCCACUUCUACAGUUGCCUGCUGUUCACCUGCACCGUGCUCGUCCUCACGCAAAGUUCUAUCAUGGCGCUGCUGGCCAUCGCCAUCGACCGCUAUCUGAGAGUCAAAAUACCCAUGAGCUACAAGCGGGUGGUGACCCCUCGGCGAGCGGGCACGGCGGUGCUGCUGUGCUGGCUGGUGUCCAUCGUAGUGGGCCUCACGCCCAUGUUCGGCUGGAAUAACCUGCAGCGUCUCCGCGACAACGGCUCCAUGAGCGCCGGGGACAUGACGGUGACGUGUCAGUUUGAGCAGGUCAUCAGCAUGGACUACAUGGUCUACUUCAACUUCUUCACCUGGGUGCUGCCCCCGCUGCUGGUCAUGCUGGCCAUCUACAUCGAGAUCUUCUACAUGAUCCACAAGCAGCUCAACAAAAAGGUGACAGCAAGCCACACGGACCCGAGGCGUUACUUCGGAAAGGAGCUCAAGCUCGCCAAGUCGCUCGCCCUCGUCCUCUUCCUCUUCGCGGUCAGCUGGCUCCCUCUCCACAUCCUCAACUGCAUCACCCUCUUCUGCCCCACCUGCAACAAGCCGGCCUUCCUCAUCUACAUCGCCAUCAUCCUCAGCCACGGCAACUCGGCCGUCAACCCCAUCGUCUACGCGUUCCGCAUCAAGAAGUUCCGCACGGCUUUCCAGAAAAUCUGGAAGCAGUACGUGCUCUGUCAGGACCCGGUCGGCCGCCUUCCUCAGAGAGGGAGCCAGAGAGGACAGAGUCACGAGAGGAGGCUGAGGCGGAACGACGACGACGACGACGAUGUGUGACCUUUUAGGCGGGCUAAUUGGGGUUGCUGUGCGACUGUCAGGUUUUUCGCUGCGACCGGUCACAGAAAUGAAAAAGGACUGGAUUUAUUGUCAAUGCCGAAAGGGAUCGAAGGACGUCAGACGGACGAAACGCGGACUGAACGAUUUCCCUCCACCCAGCGAGCAACUGACAGGACAGGAUUACAAACCAGCAUGGAGAUCCUAAAUCGGACUUUCUGAUUUCUCCACCGUAUGGGACGAAAUGAUGUCGUAUGGGAUAAGGGGCUCCUCAUCGGCCGCAUCUUGUCGGACUUGAACCGGUGACUUGUGUGUGUAUUCGUAGCACAUGUGGAACAACAGUAGCGUAUCCACUCAUGGCCUUUAUCAUGUGAAUGAUCUCAAAUAUUUAUCCCACCACGUGCUACGACAACGACAACAGCUUCAGUUCCCGUGGCCUUUACGGACACAUGUUGGCUGCACGGAGGAGAAAAACGCGGGAGGAUCUCGAACACGAAACCUCUGGUUUACCGGUGGUCACUCAUCCGAGCCAUGGCCUUUACCUUGUAUGUGUGGUGCACCGUCACGUGAAGGUUGUCGCUUUAAGUUACUGAGACAAUAUGACAGACAGAAUGACUAAUACUAGCUCCUAGCUGUAGUUGAAAAAACACUUGAUCAUUAGAUAAAAGGUAAAAAACCACUGAUGUAAUGUUUCUGAACAGAGAACUGUGAAUCUGAGGAAUGUCGGAGCUCCUCCGUGAGCUCAAUUUGAUCUUAUCACUUUAACCCCACAAUGUACCUCUGCUGCAAACGGAUCAUUGUGUAGAGUGUCUAACACAUGUGUAAAUGUCAGGGGAGGGGGGGGUUCGCUUCACUGAGCAGGUGUUUACAGAGGACGCAUUCAUGGUUGAAUGUGUGAAGUAGCUCUUUUGGGACGGACGUAAGCUCUUAGUAUUUCCCACUGCCUCUCUGUAUCGAGGUUAUACAGCUGAAGAAGUGUUUUUCAUCUCCGAGGAGGCCGGCGUAUACGGCCGCCCUCGCGUAUGUUUGAUUCAAAUACAGUUUACACACACAAACACACACACACACACGUGUCUUUGUGAACCAGCGCGCUCAUUGUAUUUCCCCCGUGCUUCUCUUGUAAAAACGUCUCCACGUGUUUGUCCUCUCGCUCCGUCUCGUCCAGGCUAAGUCCUUAUGAAGCCACCACGUGUAUCAUUUUUAAUGUUUUUUGUGGAACUGCCAGACAAAAAUUUUUUCCCCACGCCACGUUCGAGAACCUUUCGUGUGAACCUGUAAUUUCCCGUCACUGACCGGGUUCAAGCCGUUUUGACAGGCGCCAGCGUUUUAAUAAGAACCGCAGGCUUGCCAAAUAGUGGGAGGCUUGUUAGUGAAUGAAGUUUUUAUUGAAUAAAAUGGAGUGCGAAGGUGAACUGAAAGCUUGAAGGGAGGACACAGUCAGCAGUUACCUGCCAAACUAGAUCAGUGAGUAAUCGGUAUGCCUCCAGGCUUUCACCACUUCUCUGUGGAUAGGUGGAUUGGCAAAAGGCAUUUUCUGACUGGACCUCUAUUCAUCACCAUCACUAUUAUUAUUUACUCGAUUUUAAAAUAUACACAUAGUGGCUUUAAGUGUAAAUCUGUCUACUAUCACUGGACCAGUACGAUAACCAUGAUCUGUGCAAUAUCCUCUGACGUACGUGAACAAUAUCAGAAAAUAACCUGUAGCUUAGAUACCGACAUGUAGACGCCGUCAACCACGAUCAAAUGCUGGAGGCCGGGAGCCGCUACGAUGCCGCAAUGUUCAUAUAUAUCUGACUGUAAAGGAAUAUGUGAAUAAACGGGUCGACAGAAGGGAGCGAAAGCGGCUGCAAGGAGAUUCUUCGUGUGUGUUAUGAAAGCAGUCGUUGUUUUCUGACAUGUUUCUGGAAAAUACAUCAAAGACAAAGGGGAAGGAUGACAUAAGAACAGAGGUGACUCGUUGUGGUUCACACUCUUUGUGUGAGAGGAAUGUUUAUUUGUGUAGCUUGGCGUCACGGCUCGCGUUAGGUUUCAGGCAGCAUGACAAGAGAUUUAUUGAUUUUUAUUUUAUUUUUUUCAAAAAGCAAUGUCAUUUUUUGACCUUUAAAGGACCUUUUUUUUUUUUUCAAAAAUAUGAGGAACUGGAAAACUUUGCUGAACCUAAUAUGUACAUAACAGAGAGACGUGUGAGUAGGAAAUGACAUAAACAUAAGAAAUAAAGAAGCACUACGAGAAGCAAUGAUACACAA